AGUGAGAAACAGCAAGAUGAAGCUUAUCACUCAUAAUAUGCUGACUUCCAACAUAAUAAAGAACACAACGAAUGGAUACCCAUUGAAAAUUGUAGCCAGUCAAAUUGAGAUAAAAACAGUUGACUUCAACCCAGAAUUUAUCACAAGGAUGUUACCGAAAAUGGAUUGGCCAGCCCUUCAUCAAGCUGCACAGUCAGUCGGCCAUGGAGAGGGCUUGCCAGAGACACUCAAAGAGAAUUACGAAGAGGAUGAGGAGUUACUUAAAAAAGUGCACCAUGUCAUGAUGCAGGUUGAAGUGAUUGAAGGAAAUCUAGUAUGUCCAGAAUCUGGCCGUCAGUUCCCAAUCAGUUCUGGAAUUCCAAACAUGUUACUGAACGAAGAUGAAGUUUGAAUAUUUGACAGAAUGAAUUACACACAACAAAUCAUUUCACCAAUCUAGGAAAUGUAGAAUACAUUUAUAUCUGUUUUGCAGGCAUCA